AGUGUAGACCAGACACAUCAACAAACGAGCUCCACGUGAUGCUUAACCCUUAGUUGGGCGGCGACAACAAUGGUGCAACGAUCCUCCGUGAUACGUUUCGAUCCAGGACGUUUGGCGAAGUAAUGGUUAAUUGGAGACCCCCCCAUUAUAAGAAGGAGUGACGUCAAUACUUGCAUGCAAGCGCGCAAACGGAGAAAGACAACUUUGGAGUGCAGGAUAAUCAGGAUAUAGAACAUGGCUGUAAAUGUGCGUUUGUCAUCAAAUUCCCCGUUAAGUCAUGCCGAGUUGCUGGUGUGGUUUAACGAAACACUGAACACAGAAUUCACAAUGAUUCAGCAGCUCAGCUCAGGUGCAGCUUUCUGUCAGUUAAUGGAUUACAUAUACCCUGGUUCUCUCUCUCUGAAGAAAGUAAAUUUUCAAGCUCUUGAAGACAAUGACUUUAUCAACAAUUUCAAUCUCUUAAAUGAAAGCUUUGUGAAAAUGGGUGUAACAAGGUCUAUUCCAGUAGAAGAACUACUGAGAGGGAAAUUCAAUGAAAAUUUCCAGUUUGCUAAGUGGUUCAAGAAGUUUUUUGAUGCUAACUACAAUGGCCAUGAAUACAAUCCCGUAGCUGCUCGCAAGGGUGAAGAAAUACUGCCGAUUACUCAUAUUCGUGGAGUCCCUCUUGAACAGAUUAUGAAUAGGAGUUUAACACCUUCAGGAAUAAGGAUAAAGAGAGAAGAGCCAAAUCUUGAGAUUGACACACCAAAGAAAAAGCAGAGGAAUACUUCUUUCAACGACUCAUGGCAAGAAACAUUUCCUUGGGCCAAUCCAAGCCAACUUGGAAACUUCUAUGCACAUUGUGCACUUUGUGAAAGAGACAUAACUGUUCAUAAUAAAGUAACUGAUUUAACCCGUCAUUCAGAAACAAAAAGACAUCGUCGAAAUAAAAAUAAACUUUCUUUGGAUCAUGCAAACAGUGAUAUAUUUCAUAGUUUUUCAAACUCUUUUUGUUCUGGAGACAUCACUCUAAAAUUCAUUGGCAGGUAUUGCCAGGACGUAAAAGUUGUUCAGCAGAUUAUAAAGGAAGGAAAAGUUUCACCUCAUAUUGCAAAGUUUGUCCUUGGACUGAAUUACCCAGAAGAUAUAAUCUCCAAAUGUCAAAAGACUCCAUUUUGUGUUUAUGUUUACUGGAGAAUGAAUUUGGGCAAGGAGAGUGCAAAUGUCUUUUUGGUUGGACUAUUUGAUCAAACUACUGGUAAGAAUGUGUUUCGCAUUCUUGAUAUCACAGAGCAUGCCAUGGACUCGACUCAGCAGGUGUCUGCCUGCCUACUGGAAACUCUAAAGAAGUUUAAUAUACCUGUUAUGAAUCUCAUGUCUUUCUACCUGAAUGACGCAGCUUUAGCAGCUGAGAGCUAUGAGAGCGUUUUAACCUGCGUGAAACGGAGGAACCCUAGUGUAAUCAGUGUUAGAAUACCGUGCAAUUUAAUAGACUGCCUCUGCAAAUCUGCUGUUAGAAAAUUAUCUUCACCAGUAAAUGACCUUAUCUCUGACAUCCAAUACUAUUUCAGUCAAUCCCCUAAAAUUACUGCAUUUCAGGAACUUUUUCAUAACUUGGAACUUUUAAACAAUGACUGUGAUGCAUCUAGCCACUGCCUUGUUAUGAAGAAAAUAGUGAAGGAAAUGGAUGAGAUGUGGCCAAGUCUUAACAGUUACUUUAUGUCACCUGAAAGUAGUACAGAAAAGGCGAAACUAAUUUUUGACAGGCUACAAAACCACAAAAUUAGAUUAACUUUUCAGUUUCUCAAAUAUGCUUUAGAAACUUUGUGUGCCUUAAAUGAAAAGCUGCAUGGUCAAGAUAACCAUACAAUGCAAAUGCUGAAGGACAUCAGCUAUACUGUGAGUUGUUAUGCUGGGAGACUACUACAGCCAGAAGCUGCUCUCCGAUUGUUAAAGACUAGUGAUCCAACAGUGCUUGAAUACCCGACAAACAUUCUUCCUCAAAAUGAGCUCUUCAUUGGCACAGAUACUGAGAAAUACUUGGUAGAACAUAAAGAGCUUGCAUCAAAUUCACACAUCAUUGACAGCUUUUUCAAAGAUGUAGAAUUAUUUUAUGUGGAGGUAAUAAAACAGUUGCUUAACGUACUUCCUUUUAGCAAUAGCUGUUUAAAAAACAUUGUGAAAAUCUUAAAUCCAGCCUGCAAAAUGUCGAUCACACAAAGCAUUUUGAUUGAAGUUGCUUCAGAAUUACAAAUCUGCAAAACUGCAGAGGAUAUUGCACAACUAAAGACGGAGUUCUCACUUUAUCAGUCUAUGAAAAUUGAUCACGAAGACACUAAUUCCAUUUUUCAAUUGUCAAUGCCAUACUGGAGUAAAGUUUUAAAGUUGCUCACAACCUCUACAGAAACAAAGUCUUCUCUCUUUAGGAAGCUAAUUCACACUUUGUUUUGCCUGCCACCCUCUGUUCUUCAACCUGAAAUAGCCUUCCACAAGGCAAUAAAGAAUGGUGAUGCCUCACUAUUAGGAAGCAACCAGUGUAACAGUGAAAUUGUUAUAGAUCUCACAAGCGAAAAUGAAAACAGUGUUCUUUCAUCCAAUGAGCCUUCCACUCUAACACCUUUCACAAGAAAAGAAGGUGUUGCUGACUGUAUGCUAACAAAGCCCUGUUUUGUGCUGCUGGAGAAAGGGAAUUAUAGGAGUACAACUUUUAUAUGUAAGAGCAACACCAGUUCUACUCAGGACAGUUCUCUUUCUUUUGAUGAGGGGAAAACCAGAGGGAUUUGUGGGUGGGAGGCCAGUCUCAGACAGAAACCUCCACCUCGAAAAGUAUUUCAGGCAGGUGCACAUACCUGGGAGGAACCAAAAAACUGUGAAACUGUUCCGAGCAAAGAUAAGAUUCCAUUGUCCCCUGUGAUUAAAAAAGAAAUCCGCACUUCAACACCAAUUAAGCCACCAAACAAGUCUUGCCCAUACUUGGAUGGAAAGGGAUUCAAGAUCGGAGAGCUAGUCUUUGGAAAAGUGAAGGGUUUUAGCAGGUGGCCUGGAAUUAUCGUUGGCUGGCCAAAUAAGCAGAUUCCUAAAGGAAUGAGAAGAGUGGAAUGGUAUGGUGACGGAAUGUUUUCUGAAAUUUAUAUUGACAUGUUGGUACCAUUUGCUGCAUUUUCCAAAUACUUUGAUAAGUCCUCUUUUAACGAACAACCAGUUUACAAGAAGGCCAUAAUUCAGUCCAUUGAGUUAGCUGCUGAAAGGUCCAAAAAAAAAUUUCCACCCUGUGCUGGGGGGUAACAAGAAGACAAGAACAAGCAACUUCUAGACUGGGCAAUGGGAGGAUUUCAGCCAGUUGGACCUCAUGGAUUCAAAGCACCAAUUACUUUUUACAACUUGUUUGUGCAAUCAUAUAAUAUUGAAAUGGUCCAAAGAGUUUUGUACAAAGGAAAAAUCAUUGAAAACUUCUGCUUAUCAUGUGGCUCCCCAGAAACAGAGACAUUUCACCCUCUCUUUGAAGGCGGUUUGUGCCUUAGAUGCAAGGAUAAUUUUACAGAAACAGUGUACAGGUAUGAUGAGGACGGUUAUCAGUCUUACUGCACUAUAUGCUGUGCCGGCCUAGAAGUCAUAUUGUGUGGAAACUCUAGUUGCUGUCGUUGUUUCUGCAUUGACUGCUUAGAUACUUUGGUUGGGGCUGGAACUUUUGAAAAACUGAAGAAUGUAGACCCAUGGAGCUGUUACAUAUGUAUUCCGUCAGCCCGUUACGGAGUUCUGAAGCAGAGGCCCAACUGGAGCGUUAAAGUGCAGGAGUUCUUUGCCAAUAACAGUGGGAUGGAAUUUGAACCCCACAGACUGUACCCUGCAGUCCCUGCUGAUAAACGUCGACCAAUUAGAGUAUUGUCCCUUUUUGAUGGUAUUGCCACAGGUUAUCUUGUCUUGAAAGAUCUUGGAUUAAAAAUUGAUAAGUAUUAUGCUUCAGAGAUUUGUGAGGACUCGAUUGCUGUUGGACUGGUAAAGCAUGAAGGCAAAAUUCAAUAUGUGGAUGAUGUGCGAAGCAUAACAAAGAAGCAUAUUGCAGAGUGGGGUCCUUUUGAUCUUUUAAUUGGCGGAAGUCCUUGCAAUGAUCUUUCUAUUGUAAACCCAGCAAGAAAAGGGCUCUAUGAGGGCACAGGAAGAUUGUUCUUUGAAUACUAUCGGCUUUUAAACUUGCUAAAGCCAAAAGAUGAUGAUAAUAGACCAUUUUUCUGGAUGUUUGAAAAUGUGGUUGCCAUGGGAGUUAAUGAUAAGCGAGACAUUUCUCGUUUUUUAGAGUGUCAUCCAGUUCUAAUAGAUGCUGUCAAAGUCAGUCCUGCUCAUAGAGCAAGAUAUUUUUGGGGCAACAUACCCGGAAUGGACAGGCCCAUAUCUGCAUCCUCUAAUGACAAACUAGAACUUCAAGAAUGUUUGGAACAUGGACGGAUGGCAAAGUUUUCAAAGGUUCGGACUAUAACAACUCGUACAAAUUCGAUUAAACAGGGUAAAGAAGCAAUGAUGCCAGUGAUGAUGCAAGGAAAAGAAGAUAUGCUAUGGUGUACAGAGAUGGAAAGGAUUUUUGGAUUUCCAAAGCAUUAUACAGAUGUCAGCAAUAUGGGACGUGGAGCUCGCCAGAAAGUUCUUGGGAGGUCGUGGAGUGUCCCUGUGAUCCGGCAUUUGUUUGCACCCCUCAAAGACUACUUUGCCUGUGAAACACAAUAGGAAUUCACAACCAAGGAAACCUCAAGCUAAGCAUUGAGCUGUAACAGUAAUGCAGCAAAAGGAAACUGAAGAACACCAGACAUAUACACAGCAGUAGAGAUGUCUCUUCCUGUCUCCAUUUUAAUUUGCACUGUUUUCUCAUAUAGCUGUUCUUCAUCAUUCCAUUUUGUCAUACUUGUUACACAUCUUGUAUCUGGACCUAUAGAUACAACAAUUUGUAUCAUUUUUAAUGGGUUUUAAAGCAGCAAAAAAAGUCAGUGGGCCAAUCUACAACUAUGAGUUAUAAAUUGCACAUCUUAAUUUUCAUCACUGACUGUGUAGCUGUUACUCUUUAUAUUCUCCGAAUAUUUUACAGAAUUUUAAAGGUCACUUUAGUUUGCUUUUUUUAUGAUUUUUAUUAGUUUCAACCUUUUAUCUCAGUCAUGUUUUUAGUCUACCUCUGCACAUUUGCUGUGAAGAGUAUUUAUACUCUUAGUAAAAAAAUACUUGGGUGCUAACAUAUAUAUUAUAAUCAGGAAAAAAAGGGGCUUCCCCUUUUUGCCUUACACUUUUGUUACAUUAAUACUGAUUAAGAGUGUUUUAGGUUCUGUGAGUAAAUUUAUAAUGUUUCUUUAGAAAAGCUUUAAAAGUUUACUUGCAAAUUUGCUAAGACAAAAUUAUGUAUUGUGAAUGUAAUGAAAAUUAAGGAGCUCCUAGCAAAAUUUUGUAAUGGAAAUUUACAGUGUAGUUUCCUGCUCUCGCCUGAUGAUGAUUUUUAUUGUUUUUAAUGUAUGAUAGCUUUUCAUUUACAAGGCUGAAAAAAACUUAUACUGUCCUCUUAAUCUCAACUGUCAGAGAACAUUUACCAAGUCAAGGACUAGUUCACUGAAGAUCCCACGUCAUUACAUUCUUCUGUACGCAGGUGGUGUCUUAUUAUCACCCACUGGAACUUAAGAAAAGUAAACGCCAGCACAAUAGCAGAUUCAUUAAGCUCAGUGCUGUUGAGCCAAGGUAUGUUUAAUGUUGGCCAGUGCCUUUGGAUCAAGCAUUUCUGAGACGCAGAAGUUACCACUUUUUAAAAGUGUCAUUAAUAACUUCCCAAGACUCUUUCAGACUGAUGAGCGAUAACAUUCAUGGUGCUUUAUUUUAAGCAUAAAUACAUUUUAAGACACUUUUCCCAACUUUCAAAUCAUGUUUUCACUAAAGCAAUGUGUUUUGUUUUAAUUCAAUGGCUUUAACAUAAUUAGGUUUAAGUAUGUUAACGUUGAAUGAUUGUUUCUAUUCUGUCUCAAAGCUAUUGGCCUUCAUUUACUUUUUCUGCAUUGUUUUUGUUUUGCAUAAAAUUUUCUAAGUAUCAUUGAAUCAUGUUACAUACUUUUUACCAUAUUCUGUGGUUAAUUUGAUUAUAUUUCUGCGUGUGUAUGAACCACAUCAUCUGUCAAAUGCUACAAAAGUAAUGGAGUGCAGUUAUUCUUUUUUCCCCCAAAUAGUAGAUACACCAGCUUGGAAUCAAAGCAUUUAAUCAUUUUUAAAACUAAUUCUAGAGUUAACAUUUUAAGAAUUCAUUUGACAUAUUCAAUCAUUAUGUUGUUUACUUGAAGCCCAGAUAGUACUUAUUUUUCACACUUAUUUUCUAAAAUAAGUGUGUUGCUUUUGUAGGCCCAACCCAGUGUGAUAAAUAAUGUGCUUUAAAAAUAGUCAGGGAGUAAGACAAGGGUUCAUAGGACUUCAGAAUUAAUUUGCAAGUUGUUGAUUGUUUAGAUACUGUGGAAGAAAAUUGCCAGAAUGCGUUUUAUGUAACCCAGUUUGAUUUAUUGGUGCUUUUUAUACAUUUGGAUGCCUUGAUGUGCCAAGCUUUGCAUAAACACCAUAGACUAUCAGUUGCUUAUUCCAAAAAAUGGCUCUGUAAACAUGCUUUCCUUAGAUUGUCU